GCUGCCUCCUCCCCGCCCCUCGGCGGCAUCCCCCACCCCCUCCGGGACCGCUCCUGAUUCGGCGGGGCCCGCUGACAGCGCGGGUCUCCCCUAGAUCAGCCCUCACCUGGAUAUAACCCUGCCGGCCGCUGCCGCCGCGAUGACAACUCUGGCCGGAGCUGUCCCCAGGAUGAUGCGCCCCGGGGCCGGGCAGAACUAUCCCCGCAGCGGGUUCCCGCUGGAAGUCUCUACCCCUCUAGGCCAGGGCAGAGUCAAUCAGCUCGGAGGAGUGUUUAUCAAUGGCAGGCCUUUACCCAACCAUAUCCGGCACAAGAUAGUGGAGAUGGCCCACCAUGGCAUAAGGCCCUGUGUCAUCUCCCGCCAGCUGCGAGUGUCCCACGGCUGCGUCUCCAAAAUUCUCUGCAGGUACCAGGAGACGGGCUCCAUCCGGCCGGGGGCCAUCGGCGGCAGCAAACCCAAGGUGACGACGCCGGAUGUUGAGAAGAAAAUCGAGGAAUACAAGCGGGAAAACGCGGGCAUGUUCAGCUGGGAGAUCCGGGACAAGCUGCUGAAGGACGGGGUGUGUGACCGCAACUCGGUGCCGUCAGUGAGCUCCAUCAGCCGCAUCCUGCGGAGCAAGUUUGGGAAAGGCGAGGAAGAGGAGGCUGAGCUGGAAAGAAAAGAGGUGGAGGAAGGCGACAAGAAGGCCAAGCACAGCAUUGAUGGCAUCCUCAGCGAAAGAGCAUCAGCACCUCAGUCUGAUGAAGGCUCUGACAUUGAUUCUGAACCAGAUUUGCCUUUAAAAAGAAAGCAGCGUCGCAGCAGGACAACCUUCACAGCAGAACAACUGGAAGAGCUGGAAAGAGCUUUUGAGAGGACACACUACCCUGACAUUUACACCAGGGAAGAACUUGCACAAAGAGCCAAACUCACAGAGGCUCGUGUCCAGGUCUGGUUUAGUAAUCGUCGUGCCAGAUGGAGGAAACAGGCAGGAGCCAACCAGCUGAUGGCUUUCAACCAUCUGAUCCCUGGAGGGUUCCCCCGUGCCAUGCCGACUCUGCCCACGUACCAGCUCUCUGAGCCCUCCUACCAACCCACCUCCAUACCGCAAGCCGUGUCUGAUCCAAGCAGUACCGUCCAUAGACCUCAGCCUCUCCCUCCAAGCACUGUACACCAAAGCAGCCUCCCUUCCAACCCAGAGAGCAGCUCUGCCUAUUGCCUGCCCAGCACCAGGCAUGGAUUUUCCAGCUAUACAGACAGCUUUGUGCCUCCGUCCGGGCCCUCCAAUCCCAUGAACCCUGCCAUUGGCAAUGGCCUCUCACCUCAGUGGUUAGAAAAACAGAGAGAAGCUCAGAAUGACACAAAUGAAAAGUGA